CUUCUGAUGGAAGCAUAGGGUUGUUUCCUGCCAAUUAUGUGAGAAUUGAACCUGAAGCUUAUGAUCAUGUGGGUGAAGAAGAUUCUGGCUACAUGGCAGUAGCAAUAUAUUCUUACACCACUGAUGAACCAGAUGAAAUAAGCUUCACUAAAGGUGCAAUUAUAACCAAUAUUACAUUUGAAUCUGACAAUUGGUGGCAUGGCACAGCUUCUGAUGGAAGCAUAGGGUUGUUUCCUGCCAAUUAUGUGGAAAUAAUUGAACCUGAAGUUUAUGAUCACACAGGUGAAGAAGAUUCUGGCUACAUGGCAGUAGCAAUAUAUUCUUGCACUGCUGAUAAACCAGAUGAAAUAAGCUUCACUGAAGGUGCAGUUAUAACCAAUAUUACAUUUGAAUAUGACGAUUGGUGGCAAGGCACAGCUCCUGAUGGAAGCAUAGGGUUGUUUCCUGCCAAUUAUGUGGAGCUAUCACAAGAGUGA